AUGAUUCAGAACUACAAGGUGCUUCAGGACGUGUUUGAGAAACUUAAGCUCACUAAGCCCAUUGAAGUGAGCAAACUCGUUAAGGGUAGGCCACUAGAUAACUUGGAGUUCAUGCAAUGGAUGAAGAAGUACUGCGAUUCUGUUACUGGUGGCCAGCCUCUCAAGUGUAUUCUGAAGAGAUUGCUUUAUCUCUUACUUCAUGGUCGGAUUGAGAGACGAUUUCAGCUUGUUGAUUCGAGUCAAAGAGCUGUGGAGGAUCUGGAGAAGCUUAGUGACAUUCAAUGCACUGGUGAAUCUCAGCUGAAGUUCAUCACAGAGGCGUGGCUUCAGGUGAUCAUGAUGCUCGCUGCAGGUCUUUUGGAGUACGAGUAUCUGGGGGAAGCGUUUGCGGUUGGAGAAGUGAGGUUCAAGAACAACACUGAAAUAUCAACACGUGUAAGGAAAAUCAUUGAAGGAUGUUUUAAAGGACCAUGGUACAGCUGGAGAAAAGUACCCCAGUUUUACAAGGAUGCUUGGUAUUCAACGUUUAAGACUAAGUAUGAGUGGAAUGUCUCCAUCGAAGAUCUAGUGAAAGCUAACUUUGAUGAACUAGCUGCCACUCGCCUCAAAGGAAUGGUGAGCCUUGCAAAAUCCAGAGGAGUGAAACCUGAUUGGAUUCUUUCAGAACAUUGGAGAGUAAUGUCAGAUUACUGGAAGACACCAAAAGCCAAAGAAAAAAGUGAGAAAGCUCGUCUGGCUCGUAUGUUUAACCGUGAUGGUUUAGGUCCACACAGCCACAGAUCAGGCUCACGUUCCUAUGCUAAAGUUCAAGAUAAUCUGGUGGCAAACAACGAAGACUCUUCCUUCAUUGCUGUGAUGAAGAAAACCCACCAGAAAUCUGAUGGAACAUAUGUUGAUGAAAGGGCACGCUUAGUUGCAGAAAAAUAUGAUGCAUAUGUUCAAGAAAGAUUGUCACUGGUUGAGCCUUCUAGUGGAGAGGUUUUGACAGAUCCUCUUACUGUCGAGGAAAGAAAUGAAAUCUAUGUGAAGGUUGCUGGAAUAUCAAAACAAGGUCGGGUAUUUGGACUUGGAUCACUUCAAUAUGGAGUUUAUAUGCCACUAGAUGGGUCUACAGUUUCACCACAAGCUGUUGAAGAUGAUGGUACUUUAACUCACAGAGUCAAAGAGCUGGAGUCAGACCUGCAAAAGAGUAAUGAAGAAAAGGUUCAGUUUCAGAACAGGAUUGAAGCAAUGGAGAAAAUUUUGAUGUCUGCUUUUGGUGAAAAUGUGUUGACUCCAACAGAUACUACCACACCCGUAUGAAGUUGUUUCUCAGUUUGGUGUUUUAGCUUGGUGUUUUUAGUUUGGUUUUCAUUUGGUUUUCGUUAAUUUACUAAGCAGAUUCAGUUUACUUAUAAACGAACUGUUGUUUUAUGCUUCCAUUUAAUAUUUAAAUUUAAAUAAAAUCCAAGCAGUUCUAUGAGAAAUUUA